AUGGGCUGCUUUGUGUCCACUCCUAAGGAUUCUGGUGGAAAUAGAAGAAGACCAGGGAGUAUUGGGGAGGUUUCUGUUUAUGUUCCCGGUCUAAGAAUUCCUAAACCUGUUGAUUUUGCCCAGUCACUUGGUGAUUACUUAUCCAAGAAUAUAGUGGAACGCCUGUCUGCGCUUAGAACCCGUAUAGUGGUAAUGGCUGGCCAAGAAGGGCCUACAAUUACAAGAACAAAGAGGAAAAGUGCCACCCAACAUGGAGGUUCAACACUGGCUGAUCUUCAGCAGGCUCUGGAAGACUACUUGCCAGUACUUUUGGGAUUAGUAGAAAAUGGAAGCCAUUUACAAUACAAAGUACAAUUUGCUUGGGUGAAUCAAGAGGAUGAUGCAGAGGAAACAGCCAUGGCUAAUGCUUGGUAUGAAGUGUUGUCAGUUUUGCACUUGAUGGCAACGCUAUCACUAUCACAGGCCAAUUUAUUACUUCUUCCCAGAAUGUCAACUGAUGGUCAUCAGCCAAAAGUAUCAGAAGAAAGCAGACGAGCUUCUGUUGAUAUCUUCCUAAAGGCAGCUGGGUAUCUUGAUUGUGCUGUAAGGCAUGUUCUUCCACAGUUGCCUGCCGAACUCAGGAGAAAUUUACCGGUAGACCUUGCAGAAGGAGUUCUGCGAGCACUCUGUCUGCAAGCAUUGGGACAGGGUGUAGAUAUCCAACUUGGAAUGGCAAUUGAUAGUACCAAAGCCACUCUUGCAGUGAAGCGUAGACUUGCAUGUGAGAUGGUGAAAUAUUGGCAGCAGGCGCAAGAUAAUAUUAUGAACCUUCCAUUAGCAAAUGGUUGGGGUGAAAAACAUAGUCUUUUUGUGAAGUGGAAGUAUACUGAAGCAAAGGCUGCAGCAUAUUAUUAUCAUGGAUUGAUUCUUGAUGAGGGAAACACGGAGAAAUCUCAUGGGAUGGCAGUAGCUGCUUUACAAGCUGCGGAUGAGUAUUUCAAAGAAAGUAAGAAGCUGUGUGAAGCAUUCAAUGCAGCACCCCCAUUGUCAAGAAAUCCACCACUUUGGGGGACAAUGAAAUAUCUUUGCGAGAAAAUUCCUAAAGAUACUUCAAGCAAGGUGCGAAUAAACCGUGAUCUGUACUCCUAUGAGAGAAUCCUGGAAACAGCACCAACAUUGCCUGAUUUUGCCUUGGCUUUAAAACCAGAUGAAUAUCAACUUCCUCAGGUGGAUUCCUCUUGGAGAACAGAAAAUGUGAAAGGGGGACAAAGUGGUGGCACCAAUCAUCUCAAUGGAUGA